GAUCAAUCUGGCUAUCUCCGAAAGCCCUAUUGCCCCUAAGUGCACACCGAAGAUGCCAAUUUCGGAGUUCAUCCGAUGGGCUUACCGAUGCCGUUAGAUUUUAACUGGGUGCGGGAUCGGGGGUUGGGGUUGAAGUCCGGCAAGGCAGGCGGCUGUGAAACGUGGAGACCUACGGUCAUGAAUUUCGGAACUUGGCAGUGUGCCAGCGUGUGAUAAGUCUUCACCUCGUCACGCUUCGCACCUGCAGUGGCAAUUGAGCGUGGGUAGGAUGAUGCUGCUGCUGCUUAGAAUUUGGUGUUCAUCGACAACGCGAUCGAGAGUUCGUUGUCGACCUCAGUCCGCGCGGAGCUUCAAUUGUUGGAUGUACUUGUAGUGCUUGAGUGACUUGGCCAAGUGACUACGCCAGAGGUUUUGCAGGACACGAGGAUCUGUGUCAGUGAAGCAAUCGAAUGAGUCGCAGUUGGGUUUUGGCACAGUUGCGGUUAAUUGGGAUGAGGAGUUGGUGCAAGACACUCGAAAUUGCUGAACUGAGUGACGAAGUUGUGCUUGUACAGAGUCUUCUCUAAUUGUGAAGUGUAAGUGAAAGUAGAGUGCGAAAAACUGAAUUGUAGUAAAGUGGGAAGAUUAAGGAGCGAGCAAGAUGGCUUUGGAUUUUAAGUCUUUGACGGAGGCGACAUCUGGUGCCGUUGGAGGACUUCUUAGCACCACCAUUCUCUAUCCGUUGGAUACAUGCAAAUCCAAGUAUCAGGCGGAAGCUAAAGCUGGAAAGGCACGAAAAUACAAGUCUUUGUUUGAUGUGUUCCAAGAGUCCCUCAAAUCUGGCAAGAUUUUAUCCUUGUACCAAGGCCUUGCCACGAAGAAUUUGCAGUCGGUCGUUUCUCAAUUUAUCUAUUUCUAUAGCUACAGCAUCUUCAAGAAGUGGUAUUUAGCUAAGGCUAGAGUAUCCAAGAUGGGCACUGGAACUAAUCUACUAGUAGCUGCAGCAGCUGGCACAUGCACUGCAGUAUUGACACAGCCACUAGAUGUGGCGUCAACUAGGAUGCAAACGAGCGCAUUCGGAAAGUCGAAAGGAUUAUGGGCCACAUUGACCGAAGGCAGCUUGCAGGAGGCUUACUCUGGCUUUGGAGCAUCUCUUGCGCUUGUUUCUAACCCUGCAAUUCAGUACACCGUAUUUGAACAGCUGAAGGAUUUCCUAUUACGACCAGAAGUGGUCGUCGAGGUUGUGGGAACGGAUCAGCCUCUCAGUAGGUCGUCUCCGAAGGUGCUGACGGCUUUCCAAGCAUUCUUGAUUGGAGCCUUUUCCAAAACUAUUGCUACAGUUAUCACUUAUCCAGCCAUCAGGGCAAAGGUAAUGCUUCAAGCAGCCGAAUCUGACGAAGACAAGGUCCUGCGUCUGAACAGUUCAACAACAAACCUGAAGGUGAGACGCCGUGCUAGAAGCAUGGUGGAAGCGUUUCAUCAGAUAUGGGCAGAAGAAGGCUUGAAGGGCUACUUCAAGGGACUGAACGCACAAAUCGUUAAGACCGUUUUAUCUGCUGCUCUCAUGCUUAUGAUCAAAGAGAAAGUUGCUAGGAGUACAUGGGUUGUCAUGUUGGCGAUCCAGAGAUGGUUGCUUGCAGGGGAGAAUAAGCUCAAGUCCGUCAGCCUUCCUGCGUCUACUGUUGCUCCCAUAGUUGGCAUUGCUAUUUCUUCAAACGCUGCUAGAGGAUAGAGCCCAAGCUUGGGUUAUGAAGGCAGUGAUACCCUCAUCCAAAUGGCUGUGUUCCCAACUCAAUGAUUCUGUCACAUAUUAGUCAUAGAUUUAGAUUCAGGUGCGUAGAAACAAUCCACUGAUAAGGGGGUUCAAGGCCAUCUGGUUUAAUCGGCGAAGAAGAAGACUAGUAUUCGCUUCUAGAUGCUCUUCUAUUCGGCUUUGAAUGGAAUGCUCUCCUCUUCUGUAUACUUGUUCAUAACAACAAAGAUUUAGCGAAUUCUUAAAGUAGAUGCACAUUUCCA